CAGUGUGUCGAGCUGACUUGGUCUGAUUAUCCAACAAAAUUUUUUUCAGGCGACGAGCACUUUGCUCUAAGACUGUCAUUUAAAAAUGGCCGCGCCCAGAGACAGCGAGUUUCAUACUUGGUUGGAAGACAGAUUAUUGAAAAUAAACCCUGACAUAGAUCUCGGAGUUUUUGUGGACUAUAUUCAAGGCGUUUUGGAAACUGAGACAGACAAAGAUGAAAUGAUAGAUGGCAUUUCUGGCUUACUAGGAGAAGUUGUGGAAGAUGACGUAGAAGGUGUUUGUGAGACAAUUAUCAGCAAAUGGUUAGAGCAUAUCCAGCUGAAAGCGACAAAAGCAGAAGAAGAAACCAAGCUUGCUGAUCAAAAGCUUGCAGAUAUGCUGGAAAAACAAAAGAUCUCCAUACCCACUGUGAAACCAAAAACAGAGGAAGAGAAAGCUCGAAAAGCUGCCAUUUUACAGCAAUAUGCAGAAAUUUCUGAUGGAGAAGUGACAGACUCUGAUGAAGAUGGAGGUGACAGUUUAUUGGUGAAAAAUGAAAACUUACAAAAAGUUGGUGCUGAAGAAAAAGAAAAACGAGAAAAGUUAAAACAACAGCAUGAGCAAAAGAAAGAGAAAGAUAAACUGGACAGAGAAAAACAGAAACAAAAGCAAGCAGAAAGAAAAGAUGCAGAGAAGAAAAGGACUCAGAAAGUAGAAAAGAGAAUGAGAUAG